UUGGUUGUAUAUAUUUAAGAUUGGAUUUUCAGAUCCCGCUUGCGGCCACUGCAUUUGUGUCGGUUUGAUUCCUAUUUCAUCCUCUCAUCCCUUCCUCUCUAAUUCUUUCCCUCUGCAUUUUCCUUUCAAUACUUCGCCUUCCCUCCGAUCUCUGCCAUUUUUUUCACUCUACUCUGAUCUCUUUCUCCCCUUUCGUUUCCGCCAUUGAUUUUCCUUUCUGGGUUUGAUCUGUUUCUCAGAUCCCCCUUCUCGAUCUCGCUUCCCCUGUUUCCUCUGUCUCUGAUCGACUCUUUGCGAGAUACCCAUCGUUUGAUUCUCUGAUCUCUAAUCGUUUCACUCACUACCCACUUCGAGUUUCGUGUUUUUGAAAUCUGGGUUUUUCUUAGAUCUCUCCAAUACCAACGGAUGAUGAUGGAUCCAAGCGAUAGAGUAUCGGAAUCGGAGGACAUAUCCAGCAAAAACUCCGGCGGGGUAUCAUCGGAGGAGAGUCAAGUGAACGAGCAGAACAAGAAGACCUGUGCUGACUGCGGCACUUCAAAAACCCCCUUAUGGAGAGGCGGCCCAGCUGGUCCAAAGUCUCUCUGCAAUGCGUGUGGGAUUAGAAGUAGGAAGAAGAGGAGAGCGAUUUUGGGGUUAAGCAAAGGAGUUGUUGAGGAUAAGAAGAACAAAAGGAGCAAUAGUUGCAACAAUAUUAGCAAUAGUAAGCUAAGAGAUAGCUUGAAACAGAGGCUCAUGGCUUUGGGGAGAGAGGUUUUGAUGCAGAGAUAUAGCGUUGAGAGGCAGAGGAAGAAGCUGGGAGAGGAAGAACAAGCUGCUGUGUUGUUAAUGGCGCUCUCAUAUGGGUCUGUUUUCGCUUGAAAACAGCCAUUAACGAAGAUCAGAAAGAGCAAUAAAGAAGAAACCAAAAUCUAACCUAGAAGAAGAAGUAUAUUGAGUGAAAUUCUGUUAGUUCUUUAUUAUUCCUAUAGAUCUCUCUAUCUUUUUUGUUGUAUUAACUAACCAUUGUUUUUUGGAUGUUGGAGAGUAUUAUGAGUAAUGUAGUGUUGUGGUGAAGAGUUUGAUAAUGAAUUUUGUUGAGCAUUGUCAUUGCUGAU